CCAGAAUGGAGCAUGGUUCCUGCUCCCUACCUUGCUGUGGUUUCCCCUGAUGCCUCUGCAGGUUCCCUGGUCUACAAGCUCUUUGCUGAGGAUGGAGAUGAAGGCAACAAUGGUGAAGUGGAGUACUUUUUGUCUGACGGUGGUGAUGGUCGUUUUGAAGUGGACAGGAAGACUGGCCAGGUACGAACUACGGGCCUUCCCCUGCAGCGGGACAGGGAAUACCUGCUGACAGUGGUGGCUGCUGACCGGCUGGGCAGCCGCAGUGCUCCUGCUGUCAUCUCUGUGGUUGCUGGACCCCGGCCACCACAGUUUACCAAUGCCUCCUUCACUAUUGCAAUACCAGAAAACACCCCUGAAGGACAACCCUUCUUGGCAACACCUGCUGUGUCCUUCCAGAAGAAACCAAUCAGCUACAGUCUGCUUAUCAAUCCCAGUAGUCUCUUCUCCAUCUCAGCAGAGACCGGUGAAAUCAGCCUGACGCGCCCUAUUGACUACGAGAGCGACCAACAUCGCUACUUGCUAUUGGUGCGAGCCAGUGAGGGGAUAGAGAGCAUGAGCAGUGCAGCCGAGGUACGGGUAGUUAUUACUGAUGAAAACGACUGCGUUCCUGAGUUCCUCCAGUCGAUUUACAGCAAGGAUGGUGUACCAGAGACUGUGACAACAGCAACCUCCCUGCUGCAAGUUUCGGCCAAUGACUGUGACUCGGAAGAGAAUGCAGAGCUGACCUAUUACACCCUGAGUCCAGACUUCACUAUUUCCCCUCACGGAACAAUCUUCCCCGCGGGACCUUUAGACUAUGAGAGACCUAAUCAUCUGUAUGAGUUUGUAGUCAUGGCCAUUGACAAGGGGGAGGUUCCUCGUACGGGCACGACUACGGUACGGAUUAGGAUGGCAAACGUCAACGAUGAGGCACCUGAGUUCUCCCAACACAUAUAUCGGACGUUUGUCUCAGAGGACGCAGGCCCCAACACAUUGGUUGCUACGGUGCUGGCAAAGGACCCCGAUGGUGAUGGGAUCACGUAUAAGAUCACCACAGGAAAUGAGGAGGGCAACUUUGUCAUUGACAACCAAAAAGGCUUGAUCCGGCUGCGCUCCAGCCCACCCCCUCGCCUCCAGGGUGUUGAAUAUGUCCUCAAUGUUACAGCCACAGAUGACAAUGCCUCAGGCGGACCUCAGGCCUUGUCAUCCACGGCUCAGGUCAUAGUUGGAGUGGACGACGUGAAUAAUAACAAGCCUGUCUUUGAGAAGUGUCAGCAGUACCGUGAGAGCACAUCCGUCCUGGAGAACCAGCCAGCGGGGACGUUUGUUCUGCAGGUUCAUGCUGUGGAUGCUGACGAAGGCUCCAAUGGCAGGGUCACAUAUGGCUUCAUGCACAAAGACUCUACUGUGCCUGCAUUUAGUAUACACCCAGAAACCGGAGUAAUUGUGACGGCCAGGAAAUUUGACCGCGAACGGCAAAGGGAGUACGCGGUGACAGUGACUGCCACUGACCAGGCGGCUGACCCGCUGAUUGGCAUUUGUCAGCUGAACAUUCUCAUUCUGGACCAGAAUGACAACAGUCCCAAGUUUGAGAACCUCAGAUACGAGUACUUCCUCCGUGAGGAUACUAUGAUUGGAACUAGUUUCUUACGGGUGGCGGCUCACGACGAUGACUUUGGGACCAAUGCAGCCAUCACAUACUCCAUGUCUAAUGAGCAGCCAGAGUACCUAAGGGUCAACCCACUGACAGGCUGGGUGUACGUUAACCAACCCAUCUCGCAGAGGACCUACAUUACCAGAGACAUUGUGGCUACAGAUGGAGGAAACAGGAGCAGUUCAGUGGAGCUGGCUGUUACCAUCACCAAUGUGAAGAACCAGCCUCCACAGUGGGAAAAAGACAACUACAACGUAGUCAUACCAGAAAACACCGUCCGGGACACACCCAUCGUGACCAUCAAAGCCACUUCACCUCUUGGAGAUCCCAGAGUAACUUAUAAUUUGGAGGAUGGCAUGGUCCCAGAGACCAACAUGCCAGUGCGCUUUUACUUGACCCCCAACCGAGAGGAUGGUUCGGCAUCUAUCCUGGUGGCAGAGCCCCUGGACUAUGAGACCACCAAGAACUUCAUGCUGAGGGUUCGAGCUCAGAAUGUUGCUGCUGUACCACUGGCUGCCUUCACGACAGUCUAUGUCAAUGUCACUGAUGUAAAUGACAACGUCCCUUUUUUUACUUCAUCCAUCUAUGAGGCCUCGGUCACUGAAGGAGCAGAGUCGGGAGCUUUGGUUUUCCAGGUUUCAGCUAAUGACCUGGAUUUGGGCCCCAAUGGCAAGAUCUCUUACUCCCUGCUGGAGGAUCGCAGUGGGGACCAUCAGUAUUUCCGUAUCGACCCAGAGCUGGGGUUCAUCUACACUCAGGCCGUAUUUGACCGUGAGACCAAAAGCUCGUACCUGUUGGAGGUUCAGUCUGUAGAUGGAUGGGAGUCAGCGCGGCCCGGCAAGCAUGGGCAGCCCAACUCUGACACAGCAUACGUACGCAUUUUUAUUAGCGACGUCAACGAUAACAAGCCGGAGUUUGCACAGGCCUCCUAUGAGGUCGAUGUGGAUGAGGACGCUGAUGUGGGCUUUGCCAUUCUCACAGUCAGCGCCAACGACGGGGACGAAGGUGGAAACGCUAAGCUGCGGUACCAGAUCACAUCAGGAAACACAGGAGGGGUGUUUGAUGUGGAACCAGAGGUGGGCACUAUCUUUAUAGCCCAGCCUCUGGACUACGAACAGAACAAACGGUACAAGCUUCAUCUUCUGGCUUCAGAUGGGAAGUGGGAAGAUUACACGACUGUGACAGUAAACGUGGUCAACAAGAAUGACGAGGCUCCGGUGUUUACUGUUAACGAGUACUACGGCAGCGUAACAGAGGAGCUGGAUGGUUCUCCAGUGUUUGUGUUGCAGGUAACGGCAACUGACCCAGAUAAGGACGCUGACCAGGAGGCCCUGCGUUACUCUCUCCACGGCCAAGGUGCAGACAGUGAAUUCAUAAUUGAUGAGGUCACAGGGAAGAUCUAUGCCCAGCGGACGCUUGACCGCGAGGAGCGCGCUGUCUGGCGUUUCGUUGUCCUGGCCACAGAUGAGGGCGGCGAAGGUCUGACGGGUUUCACAGAUGUCAUCAUCAAUGUAUGGGACAUAAAUGACAACGCGCCCAUCUUCACGUGCGCUCCCAGCUGUCACGGAGAAGUAGCAGAGAACUCAGCAGCAGGGACAUCGGUGAUGGAAAUGACGGCGACCGACCUGGAUGACUCAGCUGUGGGGCAGAACGCUGUGCUCUCUUACAGGAUUGUGGGUAGUUUAGAUGCCACUAAUGCAGAGCUGGGCGGAGUCCCCACCUUCUCAGAAAUGUUUACCAUCAAUCCCACCACAGGCACCAUCACUGUAGGCAUAGGUGGGCUAGACCGGGAACAAGUUGAGUCUUACCUCCUGGUGGUAGAAGCCAGGGAUGGGGGAGGGAUGGCAGGAACGGGAACUGCUACUAUUCUGAUCAAAGAUGUGAACGACCACGCUCCGAGGUUCACUGAUCACUCCUGCCUGGCAAGGAUUUCUGAGAACGCAGAGCCCAAUGCAGAGGUCUUGGAUCUUGCAGCAGAGGACAGGGACAUUGGUGAAAACGCCCAGCUGACCUUUAGUGUUGUGUCUGGAGACCAGGAGCAAAAGUUCUAUAUGGUCAGUCACAAGCAGGAGCAGCGCGGCACCUUGCGGCUUAAGAAACGUCUGGACUACGAACGGCACAGCGAGCAGAGGUUCAACCUGACACUGAAGGUUGAAGACCUGGACUUCUCCAGCCUUCUGCACUGUGUGGUGGAGGUGGAGGACUAUAACGAUCACGCUCCUGUCUUCAUUCCACACUUCAUGUCACUUGCUCCACUACCUGAGGACAUUGUUGUGGGAACCAGUGUGGCCCAUUUAGUAGCCAGCGACUCUGAUUCAGGCCAGAAUCGUGACAUCACCUAUAGCUUGUCAGAGGACUCAGACCCUGAGGGUCUGUUCACCAUUGAUCAGUCCGGUCUGCUGUCAGUGGCUCGGCCUCUGGAUCGGGAAAGGAUACCCCAGCAUCACUUAGUUGUCAUUGCGACUGAUCACGGUGUUCCAGCUCUGACAGGCAGCGCCACAGUUCAGCUGCCUCUGUUGGAUGUGAAUGAUAACGGACCAGAGUUUGAAGCAGCGUACUCUCCAAUAGUCUUUGAGAAUGUGUCUGGACCGCAGGUAGUAAGGUUGAACCAAACGUCGACCCUCCUUCAAGCUGUGGAUCACGACUCGCCUGAGAAUGGUCCUCCUUUCCACUUUGCAGUCCCCCCUGAAUAUCGCUACAGCAACGAUUUCUACCUUCAGGACAAUCUCAACGGCACAGCCACACUAACAGCUUUGAGGACAUUUGACCGCGAGCGCCAGAAAGAGUUUCUCAUUCCUAUUAUUAUGAGUGACAGUGGAAGUCCAGCCAAGACAGUGACCAGCACCCUGACUGUGACCAUCGGUGACCAAAAUGAUCAUGCACACGUGGCAGGGGAGAAGAAAAUUUUCAUUAAUAGUCACAGGGGCCGUAUGCCAACUACAGUGCUCGGAAAGGUCUACUCUCCUGACCCAGAUGAUUGGGACAACAAGACGUAUGUCUUUGAAGGACAUGUGCCAAGUUACUUUAUUCUGAACAAGCGAACUGGUUUCCUGAUCAUCAAAGAGAACGCCCCACCAGGCACCUACCAGUUCCAGGUUCGGGUGUCAGAUGGAAUUUGGCCAGAUGCUGUCUCCACUGUUACCGUACACGUGAGGGAACUCCGAGAUGACGCCAUCUACAACUCGGGGUCACUUCGCCUGGCAGACAUCACAGCGAAGGAGUUCAUUGAACUGAGGGGGAAGCAGCGGAGCCGCUACGAGCUGCUGGUGGACUUCCUGUCUGAGAUGCUCUCGGUCCCACCUGAUGAUGUCAACAUCUUUAGCCUCAUGGACGUGAAGGAGCGAAUGCUGGAUGUUCGCUUUGCUGUGCAUAGUGGCCCAUCUUUCCUUCAGCCCGAGAAAAUGCAUGGUUACCUGGCCGCUCACAAGCAAAAGCUCCAGUCUUUCCUGCAGGUCAGCGUGUUCCAGGUCCGGGUGGAUGAGUGUCCCAGCUCCGAGUGUGGCGGGACAGGUGGCUGCUCCAACACUUUGAACGUGCGGGACACGCCCACAGUGGUGGAUUGUGGGACUAUGAGUCUUGUGUCUGUGACAGUUGAAUCCACAGCGGUGUGCUCCUGCCCAGGCAGAGAACAGUCCCAUCAGCCUUGUGCCACAUAUCCCAGAAACCCCUGCUACAACGGUGGAGUGUGCGUGGACACUCAGCAUGGCUACAGGUGCCAGUGCCCAGCUCAGUUCGAGGGGCCUGAAUGCCAGCAGAACAAGCACAGUUUCCAUGGCAACGGCUAUGCCUGGUUUCCUCCCAUGAUGCCCUGUUUCGAGAGCCAUGUGUCGCUGGAGUUCAUCACGGACGUGGCUGAUGGCCUGGUGUUGUACAGCGGCCCCUUAGCGCAGCUGCAAGCCUGGGACCACGAGGACUUCAUGGCUAUAGAGCUAAUAGACGGGACCCCCACCUUGAAAAUCAACCAUGGCUCGGGCACAGUGGUGCUACAGUUGCCAGGCAACGUGAACGUGGCAGACAGGCGGUGGCAUCGGCUGGAUGUCCGCAGCAACAGCAAGGAAGUACGUUUCACCCUGGAUCGAUGCUCAGGGGCAGCGGUGAAGGAACUGGUGGGUAGCUGGUUGACCUCUCAAGACCACUCUUCCUGUGAAGUGAUGGGUGUUACGCCUAACACCGACAGACACCUGAACAUGAGUCAGGUGCUUCAGCUCGGCGGUGUGAACGAGGACAUCCCAUACAUCUACCCCCAGCUUCAGCACAAACACUUCACCGGCUGCGUCCGUAACCUCAUCGUGGACAGCAAGCUGUAUGAUUUGGGCUCCCCGGCCGACUCGCAGUCCAGCUCUCCAGGCUGCCUGACCACAGAUAGCAGCUGUGUCAACAUGGGCUAUCCAUCCUGUGGCCACCGGGGUCGCUGUCACGGUGAGUGGGGCUCCUUCAGCUGCCAGUGUAUACCCGGAUACACAGGACACCAGUGUGAAGAAGAGGUCCCAGAGUACUCCUUUGAUGGCCACAGUCACGUGCGUUACCAGUUGGCGUCCCCGCUGCCUGCCCGGAGGACAUGGAUCCAAGUCCUGGUUCGAACCCGUAAACACAGCAGUGUCCUUUUCAGUCUGAUCUCAAAGGAGCAAAGUGAAUACUUACGUCUGGAGAUCUUUCAGGGCCUUCUAUGUGUUUUCUACAACCUUGGGGACGGGGACUACAACCUAACACUGCCCACUUAUCGACUCGACAAUGGUGAGUGGCACGAGGUCUUCCUAGAUCGCCAUGACAAUGAGAUGACACUACGAAUGGAUGGCGGCGGAGGACAGCGUGAGGUUUCAGGACUGCAGGGCCGGAGCCGAGAAAUCAUCAUUGACCCCACUGUGGUGAUGCUGGGAAACACUUUCCCUUCAGGCAUCAACAAGAGCUUCCAGGGCUGCAUGAGGGAUCUACGCCUCAAUGGUCGCUACAUGCCGCUGGACAGCCAGCCACGAGAUGGGGUUUCCCAGGUCAGCGUACAAGGCCUGUCUGUUGGGUGCUCAUCUGACUCCUGCAAAAGGAACCAAUGUAGCCCCCCUUUUACCUGCGUUGACUUGUGGAGAGUGCACGAAUGCAGAUGUCCUCCUGGUCACAUGAUCAGUGUAAACGGGACCAAAAAGUCUUGCGUGUACACCCUUUGUGCUAUGCGGCCCUGUCACCGCGGGACCUGCGUGGCCCAGUCGCCCUCCAAAUUCACCUGCCACUGCCCGGAGGGUUACCAAGGACACCGCUGUGAGACGACACUGGCCAUAUACAGGGAGGACGUGGGCCUCAGCUUCAGCUCCCUCUUUGCCAUCUGUAUCUGCUUCAUGGCCUUACUGGUGCUGCUACUGGGCAUUUUCCUCUACACUCGCUGGAGGUCCUACAAAGGGCUGAAAGAGGGCGUUUACCACGUCACGGCGCAUCACGACGGCUGGGAGGACAUCCGGGAGAACGUCCUCAACUACGAUGAGGAGGGCGGUGGGGAGGAGGACCAGAAUGCCUACGACAUGGCAGAGCUGCAGAAGUCCCUCCAGCCGAGCCCGGCCCAGUCAGUGCAGUACUGCCGCUCUAGAGCCUUGCACCACCCUCCUCCUCCCCACCAUCAUCAUCACCAUCACCUCCUCCACCAGGCGCCCCCCGUCCCACCCUCUUCCCAGCCGCUGGACCCCCUGAGCCGGACAACCAGCUCCACAACCUUGCCUCCCUCUGCAGCUUCCACUUCCUCCACGGCCACCACAACGACCAGUCUCCGCAGGGACGUCCCCCCCACCAGGCUGCCGGCCCAGGGCCAGGCCCGUCCCUCGCAGCUAGCCCGUCGUUCCCUGUCCUUCUCCAGCCAGGAUCUGGCCCGCUACCUGUGCGAGAUCAUCCGCGAUGCUGACCAGCAUCCAGACACGGGACCUUUUGACUCCCUGCAGGUCUUCUCCACCGAGGGUGGGGGCUCGCCUGCCGGCUCCCUCAGCUCCUUCAGUUCAGCAGGGCUGGAUGGAGGCAGCAGCGGAGAAGGGGGAGUGGAGGCGAGGAGGGAGGAGACGCUCGGGGAGUGGGGGCCUCGCUUUGAGAAGCUUCGGGCGCUGUACGAGCGAGCCGAGGCCAGCGACCUCUGAGCUCCAACACAAACUGAUUGGACCCUGAUAACGGGGCCGCCCAAAACAAUCAAUUAGCAGACGCUUGGCGGCGACUCAGGCUGGAAAAGCGAGAGACUGGCCGACAGAGAGAGUCGCUCCACGCGCAGCACUUUGCUGACAGCUGACACGAACUGUGUUGUAUUUACUGGAUGAUGAGACCCGUCAAUCAAAGCGGGGGCCUAAGAGACAGAUGAAAGUGUCCCAAUGAAAAGAGCCUGCCGCUCUGCACUCACUCUACCUUGGACGGCAAUUUUGCAGGAGCAGACGUUAUCAAACCUACAAGUCAGGUUAAAUGCUUCAGAACGUCAGCUUGCACUCGGGCUACUCAUCAUGAUGGAGCUUAGCUUCACUGUCGGAAAAAUCUGUUCCAGUCACAGACACUAAAACCCCAAAUUUCCUCGUGUGUGGAUGAGCUGCCAGCUGAAGGCAGAAAAUAUGAAAAUGUUUUGGCCAGGAUUUUUUUAAUACAUACAUACAUAUAUAUAUACCUGAGCAACUCAAUGCCACUAAAUGUAUUUUUAGCACCUUGCUGCUCUGUAAAUAAAUGUCAUGUAUUUCACACUGUUACACGAUAAGUCAGUGAAGAUGAGGUGGAUCAUACUGAGUAGCCCAUCCAAUGCAGUUUCACUGUAGUGGACACAUCGUGUUCUCGCUGCCUGGCUGUAAACAGCUUCUGUCAAUGUUUGUAUGAGAAAAAAAACAAAAAGAAGUGCUUCGACCAUCA